AGAGCAGCGCGACUUCAGUCUGUGGUUGUGAACGGGAAGUGCGGGCUGUGUGCGUGCAUUUGAGCUGGAAAAAAUAAAUAAAUGACGCGUUCAAAAUGCUUUAUGUUUUAGUCUGACGUUUUCAGUCGUCGCGGGAGGCGUGUGCGUCUGCUGUGUGUAAAUAUUAUACGUUUUGUCUGGAGAGGCAGAAGACGGAGAGUUGUGGUUCACCUCCAGCACAUCAGCUGCUACUGCAAAACAAAGCAGCCUCUAAUAAUAAAGAUGCACAUGAUGAGCCAGAAGCGCAGUAAAUGAUCGCUUUGCAGGGAAUCUAGCUGUGACAUCAUGAAUUUGGUCCGUCUUGUGUGUCGUCACAAGACAGCCCUGGCACUCGGUGUCUUCUUCCUAUUCGCCAUCGUCCUUUUGUUCCUCGCCAAAUGUACGUCUGAGACACUGAAGCCGGCUGAGUCCCCAGGGGCGGCGCCGCGGGCUGAGUCACGACAGAAGCAGCCGGUAGGGCCUCCUCACGCCAACGAGCUCUCUACAUUCCUGGUCGUUCUCAUCACCACGGGGCCGAAGUACACGGAGCGUCGCAGUAUCAUCCGGAGCACCUGGCUGACCAAGCAGGAUCCCGAAGUGCUCUACUGGUUUGUCGUCGGCACAGAGGGUUUACCCGCCGAAGACCUCCAGAACCUCGGAACCGAGCAGAUCCGUCACCAUGACCUCCUCCUGCUCCCUGACCUCCGGGAUUCGUACGAGAACCUCACGCAGAAACUGCUUCACAUGUACUCCUGGUUGGACCAAAACGUGGACUUUAAAUUCGUUCUGAAGGCCGACGACGACACCUUCACCCGCUUGGAAGUCCUCAAAGAGGAGCUGAAGACCAAGGAGCCCAGCCGACUCUACUGGGGCUUCUUCUCCGGCCGCGGGAGAGUGAAAACGGGCGGGAAAUGGAAAGAAAGUGCCUGGGAACUGUGCGACUACUACUUACCUUAUGCUCUGGGUGGAGGCUACGUGCUGUCCGCCGACCUCGUGCACUACGUACGUCUCAACGUGGGGUUUCUAAAGACCUGGCAGAGUGAGGACGUGUCCUUGGGUGCCUGGUUGGCCCCUGUGGAUGUGAAGCGGAUUCACGAUCCGCGCUUCGACACGGAGUACAAGUCGCGCGGCUGCAGCAAUAAGUACCUGGUCACUCACAAGCAGAGUUUAGAGGACAUGUUGGAGAAGCAUCAGACGCUACAGCGAGAUGGGCGUCUGUGCAAAGAGGAAGUCAAACUGAGGCUGUCCUACAUUUACGACUGGAGCGUCCCGCCGUCCCAGUUCUCCUCUGUUCCAGCACCCGCUUGA